AUGAAGGAAAAAAAGAGGAUAGUGGAGAGGAAAGAGAGUGUAAGAUGCCUCAGCAAUCUUGCUUAUAAUUGCUUGAUUCGACCUAGUGAUCUCCUUUUCGAAAGCACUCGGUCGGGCACGUUCCCAGCUGUUAAUGCUGAAAAAGCAUUCAAGAGGAAUCGAUCGUUACGUUUACCACAGUUCGUCACUGAUAAGCUCAACAAACUUCAAUUUGAAGUGGUACAGUCACUUCUUGAUCAGUCUUACAUAAUAAGAUCAGCCGAUUCGUGUGACACUCCAUCGUCAUCCAAAUUCACACAGAAUCUUGAAAAGAUGGCUAAAUAUUACUUCAAUCAAGGAGGAAAACUAUUCAGGCCUACUGUUUCGUUGCUGAUGGCGCGUGCCUGCAAUCAAGUAAAACCUGAAACAACAGCUUUUGAAUCCGGGCGUGAAACAGUAACAACUAAUCAGUAUAAAAUAGCAGUAAUCUCGGAGAUGAUACAUACGGCAUCAUUGGUACAUGACGAUGUAAUUGAUGAAUCGGGUAUCAGAAGAGGUAGUCCAACUGUUAAUGCUCUUUGGGGCAAUAAAAUGGCAGUGCUCGUGGGUGAUUUCAUCCUAGCUCGUGCAACGCAAGUGCUAUGCAGUAUUGGUCGUCCGAACGUGAUCUCGGUGAUGGCAACAAUUAUUGAAGAUCUUGUCAAAGGAGAAUUCAUGCAAAUGACUGAUGGCUCAGAAGCAGAUGCAGAUUUAAGGUUCGAUAGGUAUAUGGCUAAGACUUAUUCCAAAACAGCGUCAUUGUUCGCAAACAGUUGUAAAUCGGCUGCUAUUUUAGCUGAUGUGUCUGAGUCGACCGUAAAAAUAGCUUAUGAAUACGGUAGGUCCUUGGGAUUAGCUUUUCAACUCGUUGAUGAUCUUCUGGAUUUUGUUUCAACACCAGCAGCAAUGGGAAAGCCUACAGCAAAUGAUUUAAAAUUAGGAUUGGCAACAGCACCAGUAUUAUUUGCUGCACAGGAACAUCCAGAGUUGAAUCAUCUUAUUGCGCGACGAUUCUGUGAGAAUGGAGAUGUGGACUUAGCUUGGGAAAUGGUUGCCAAUAGUAGCGGGGUUGAGAGGACGCGUGCUAUGGCACGUCAACACGCAUAUCACGCGGCGAAAAUGGUUGGUAUUUAA